AAGAAGUAACGUCUGUUAUCAUAAGGGCUCGUGCGAGGACAGAACUGUUGUUAGAAUUGUUCAUUGUAUUUAUGUAUUUAUGUCGGAAGUCUUAUUGUCAGUUUCGAAGACAAACUGAGUAAUUCGUCUGUCGAUUUAACCUCGGGAAAUUCCUGCGGUAAGUGCGUGAAAGGAAUGCUUAACAUUUCAAGCAGGAUGUCAACUCGGAUGCAACUUUCUCUUCUAAAUGAAGGAGGUUUGGAUCUUCACACUGGACAGAGUUCUCCAUAUUCUUCCAAACCUUCAGAUGGUCAGUGGAUGGAGAAAAACCAAAUAUUUGAGGAGGAACAAAAAGCCAGUGUCACAACACACAGUGAGGACAAGGAUGUAAAUGUGAGCGUGUUGCAAAGAGAGAAUUCUAAUGGAAACAAAAGAGUUUAUGAUUGCCCCGUGUGCCUGAAACGAUUUGGUGCUCCAUCCAAACUAAAAAGGCAUUGUCUUAUUCACACGAAUCAGAGGCCCUUUCAGUGUUCCCUGUGCUCCCGUGCCUUCAGAGAACGCUAUCAUCUAAACAUCCACAUCAAAACUCAUACAAACCCUGUGAAGAGGAGAACACCAUCACUCCAGAGCUAUAAGGACAACUGUAGUCAAACAUCCAAGUCAAGGUUAAAACCUUUUCCAAAAAAUCGAACCACCCAGAACGAUACCAGUUCAACACAUAAACAAAAGGCAGCAGCAACAGACGUAAUCAAAACUAAUUCAGGUGCUACAAAAGGACAUUGGUGCCCGAUAUGUUUUAAAUGCUUUAAAGCCCCAUCAAAGCUCAAACGUCACAUUCUGAUUCAUACUGGGGAAAAACCUUUUAAAUGCUCUGUGUGCCCUAAAGCUUUUCGAGAGAAAUCACACUUGAAAGUUCACAAGUGUAAGGUAGAAUGCAACUCCAUUUUGAGUGAUUGGCAAGCGAAAGGGAACACAGUCAAGUAUAACGCUGAGGAAGGCGUUGUGUCUACCGCAGUAGAUGAUUCAAAUGAUAAUCAAGUUAGAUGUUCAUUACCAGAUGUAAUCACACCUGCCGGAAAAAGGAUGUUUCCAGUAUCCAAGUCUUCUGAUCGCAUGUGUAUGCCUCAACUGAAAAAGAAUAGUGGAAAUCAGUGUGAAAUAUGCUUGAAGAAAUUCAGCUACCCCUCAAAACUAACUCGACAUUUGUUUGUUCAUUUUGACGCCAAGUCUUACACUUGCACAAUCUGCAGAAGGUCAUUCAAACAGGCCAAUUAUCUCCAUAAACACCUCAAGGUACAUACAGGAAAAAGCAACAAUAAAUCCAGCUUGUGUAGAGUCCCGCAGAAGCACGAGGCUAAACCUCCGAAACCCGGAGCUUUAAAAAGUACAAAUAACUGCAGACCGGAUGGUGUUAAUGUGUGUUUACCUCAGAUAUUAGACUCUUUAGAGAACAAAAAGCAUAGAAAACUUGAAUGCCGAAGUAAGCUCAAACAAAAUGUCCCACUGACUGAGUCAAAUAUCAGUACCCUAGAGAUUAAAAGCUCUGAUGCUUUGAACAAUGCUGAAAUGCAGAUCAGAACCUCCAGCCCAGGUCACCUUAAGCGCAAACAGAAAGGUGUGAAUCAGUGCAGCAUCUGUCUGAAGAUCUUUCCGUAUCCUUCUAAGCUCACCAGACAUAUUUUUAGCCAUACAGAUAGCAGACCAUUUGAGUGCCACAUGUGCUUGAAAUCAUUUCGAUAUCAGUCCCAUUUGCAGCUCCACUUGAGGACCCACAAAAAAAAGGGUUGGAAUAAAAUUGCUGGUCAUUUGGAACAAGAUCAUACGGUUUCUUUUAGUAAUGCACAAAAAUCUAAAGACCAAGAUGUGCAAAUAUCCUCAAAAGAUGGAGCUGAAGACUCUGCUACAGUUCACCAAGAUCCAAAUAUGGUUAUAGAGUCUCAAAAAAUGAGUGGUGAUUCAAGUGUUUAUUUGCAAGAUUCUCUACUAAAUGAAGGAGGUCUGGAUCUUCACACUGAACAGAGUCCUGGAUAUUCUUCCAAACCUCCAGAAAGCCAGUGGAUGGAGGAAAACAAAGAAAUUAAGGAGGAACAAAAAGCCAGUGUCACAACACAAAACAAGGACAAGGAUGUAAAUGUGAACAUGUUGCAAAGAAAGAAUUCUAAUGGAAACAAAAGAGUUUAUGAUUGCCCCGUGUGCCAGAAACGAUUUGGUGCUCCAUCCAAACUAAAAAGGCAUUGUCUUAUUCACACGAAUCAGAGGCCCUUUCAGUGUUCCCUGUGCUCCCGUGCCUUCAGAGAACGCUAUCAUCUAAACAUUCACAUCAAAACUCAUACAAACCCUGUGAAGAGGAGAACACCAUCACUCCAGAGCUAUAAGGACAACAGUGUGUCCUGUGAUAGAGCAUCUAGGUGUAGAUUAAAACCAUUUCCAAAACAUCUUACUGCCCAAAACAAUGACAGUUUAACUGAGAAACAACAAUCAGCAGUUCACCAUGAUGAAAAUAUGGUUAUAGAGUCUCAAAAAAUAAAUUGUGGCUCCAGUGUAUAUUUGCAACUUUCUCUUCUAAAUGAAGGAGGUCUGGAUCUUCACACUGGACAGAGUUCUGCAUAUUCUACCAAACCUUCAGAAAGCAAGUGGAUGGAGGAAAACAAAGGAACUGAGGAGGAACAAAAAGCCAGUGUCACAACACAAAACGAGGACAAGGAUGUAAAUGUGAACAUGUUGCAAAGAAAGAAUUCUAAUGGAAACAAAAGAGUUUAUGAUUGCCCCGUGUGCCUGAAACGAUUUGGUGCUCCAUCCAAACUAAAAAGGCAUUGUCUUAUUCACACGAAUCAGAGGCCCUUUCAGUGUUCCCUGUGCUCCCGUGCCUUCAGAGAACGCUAUCAUCUAAACAUCCACAUCAAAACUCAUACAAACCCUGUGAAGAGGAGAACACCAUCACUCCAGAGCUACAGUGUGUCCUGUGAUCAAACAUCGAAGUCAAGGUUAAAUCCAUUUCCAAAACAUCUAACUGCCCAAAACUAUACCAGUUUAACAGAAAAACAACAAUCAACAGUUCACCAUGAUGAAAAUAUGGUUAUAGAGGAUAUGGCAUCUCAAAAAAUGAGUGGUGAUGGGAGUCACUCAAAUGUAUAUUUACAAGAUUAUCUUCUAAAUGAAGGAGGUCUGGAUCUUCACACUGAACAGAGUUCUACAUAUUUUUCCAAACCUUCAGAAGGCCAGUGGAUGGAGGAACAAAAAGCCAGUGUCACAACACACAGUGAGGACAAGGAUGUAAAUGCAAACGUGUUACAAAAAAGUAAUUCUAAUGGAAGCAAAAGAGUUUAUGAUUGCCCCGUGUGCAAGAAACGAUUUGGUGCUCCAUCCAAACUAAAAAGGCAUUGUCUUAUUCACACGAAUCAGAGGCCCUUUCAGUGUUCCCUGUGCUCCCGUGCCUUCAGAGAACGCUAUCAUCUAAACAUUCACAUCAAAACUCAUACAAACCCUGUGAAGAGGAGAACACCAUCACUCCAGAGCUACAGAGACAACAGUGUGUCCUGUGAUCUAGCAUCGAAGUCAAGGUUAAAACCCUAUCCAGAACAUCUAUCUGCCCAGAAUGAUACCAGUUCAACAGAUAAACAAAAGUCAACCGUGCACCAAGUUCAAUAUAUGGUGAUUACAGAUGAUACGCCAUUUCAAAACAUGAGUGGUGACUGCAAUGAUUCAGAUUUAGAUUUCUCAAAAACUACUAGUCCUCUAGAGAAGUCAGAGGUUGUUUCCCGGUGCAGCAAUGAAUCAGUUUGGACUCUGACAGAUAAAACUGACAUCUUGCUUGAUGGGAAAGAGGCAUCUGACAUCGUGCCUUUUGGCAGGAUGAGUGACUGUCCACCCAAAACUGAGUCAUCUCUCCAUCACUGUGCUUAUGAGUCAAGGAUUGAAGAAAAAUGGGCCCAUCACAUGGAUGAUAUUAAAGAUUGUGUCUUCGUGAACCCGGACACUGUUAAAUGUGUCCCUGAUUCUGACGAGUCCAGUUCAUGUAAGUAUCAACAGAAAGCUGAUGUGACGGGACUCAGAGAAAUUGUUGUUGUGGGCCUUUUGGACUUUCAGGAUCCAGGUGAAUGCUUUACCAAACCUCCACAUGACCUUCCCAUUUGUCCUGACUGUAGUCAGUGUUUCCCUUCGAUAAGGAGCUUAUAUGCACAUAAAUGUGCAAACAGAUAUUCUAAAGGAAAUAUCAAGAAAUCCCACCAGUGUGACAUUUGCUUAAAAUUCUUCAGUGCACCAUCCAAAUUGAAGAGACACUAUGUUACUCACACCGGUCAAAGGCCGUUCCAGUGCACACAGUGUCAGAAGUCCUUCACACAGUCCCAUUAUCUGAAAACACACACGCUGUCCCACAGGUAGAAGGAUUACUCUAGGGUUGCCCAAAGA